AUGGACCGAUUAACACAGUUGCAAGACGGCAUUGACGCUAUGGCACGCAUGUUGACCAACAGCCUAUUCUACGUUCAUGAAAAGUCGUCCAUGGCCCAACUCAAUGACAGUAUACCCAUAGCACAACCCAAAGUACAAGCUGAUCCACCUGAAGUCUUUCAACAAAACUUGCAUGAGCUCGCUGGCGAUCUCGUAAAAAAGGCAAAGGAAAUCGAUGCAUUGAUUGAAGUGUUACCAGGCAUCAAGAAUACAGAAGAGGAGCAGAUGGAACUUCUCAAGGAAUUGGAAGAAAAGAAUAAGCAGGCAAAUGAAGAAUAUGAGGCGGCUGUAAGAGAAAUGGAAUCGGUGCAAGCCAAAGUCACUGAAACUUUACGGACCAUUGCCGAUGAUUGGAGUCAAUCAGGGGAUCAACAAGUAAAAAAAGAAUAG